AUGCCUCGUCCACCUCGCCGUACAGCGGCUUCACGUCGUAGCGAGCGAGAGACAGCUGCCUCUAAGCUCGUCCAUGUCGACUCCCCCGCUCCAACCUUUACCAUCCCAUCAUCUCCACCUUUAACCCGUCGUACCAGAAUCAGCAAUAUCACAAAAUCCGCCUCCGUCCUUUCGCUAACAUCUGAUGUUGAUGUCAUUCCAUCAACACAACCUCUCUCCAACACUAUCACCGAAUCAUCGGGUACACCAUCGCAUGUUUCGGAGAACACAAUCACAAGGGCAAACUAUGCUGCCUCGGCACGGAAGAUCGGACCUACAAUCAACAUUGAAGUCUCGAGGACUCCGUCUCCCGGGCCACAAUUUCAGGUUGAGAAUAUCCUUGCCACAUCGACACCUACCAACAUCAUCAGAGGGAAGAAGAGAAAUUCGAGGACUGCCUUUGAAGAGGACUUCGCAGCGAGUCUUAUAGCCGCUGAGGAUAGUGAUGGAGACGAGAAUGCUAUGCCGGAUACCCCCUCGAAGAGUAGUGGAAUUAAGAAGCGGAGGUUAAGUCAGGAAAGAGUACCAACUGGCUUCUCAGAUGGAGUACCGGGCUUGUUGAACGUUAUGGGGGACACCAUAGCAGAUAAGGGAAAGAGAGUACGAAACCCUGAUGAAACCAUUACCUUCAACUACUCUUCCAGUCCCGAGAGGUCUCCAGCGCCAAAGACAUUCGGUGUUUUACAAAUACUAGAAGAUUCAGACUCCGAACCAGAAGAGGAAGAGGAAGAGACAGAUGAAAACGAACCAGCUCCUGAAGAGAUCAUUCCUUCUCGCCCACGAAGAAAGAGACCUAUCGGCGAAAGUUUGCUCCAAGAACAGGAACAAGAACAAGAGCCUAGACACCCUUCAACAAAAGCAUUACAAUCCUUAUUACCCAGACGGAGGGCCAAGCCAAAAGCAAUACUAAAAACAAAAACAAAAUCCAAAGUGACCAAGGAGCCUGUCAGAGACAAAGGCAAAGCACCUGCAAAGUCCCGAGCUGCGCUUGGUGACGUCACAAAAGAUAUUCUCGAUGACGAUGAACUCCAAGCCAUCGAUGCUCCACCCAAACCAAUGUUUGGAGCUGGAAUGGAUAUCCUCUCUGAUGAUGAACUCGGCCGGGAGAUCUACGUGGACACUUCGGCCCGUUCGUCAUCUGUAGGGGCAGCACCACCUACACCUGCCUCUCCGCCCAGGAGAGCGACCCGAGGCGGGAAAGGAAAAGCCAGGGCAGUAUCUGCAGAGCCAGAAGCUGCUCUACGGCCUAAGAAGACAUAUGGAAAGCCUCGACGCCAGGACUCGGAGGUAUCGAAUAAGGAAAACGAUACCCCUGCACCGGGACGGAGUCGUGGUAACCUAUUAUCUGCGGUUUCCAAGUUAGCUGUUGCUGCGAAUGUCGAGCUGAGCAAGAAGGAGAAGAAAGAGGUAGCUGAUAUCAGGCAGAAGUUUAAGGAGGUUGAUGACUGGGAUCUAUGUUUUGAAGACGUAUUACCGAGUAGUAGUGAUGGCGUUGUUAGGAACGGGAGGUGA